AAAUCGGCGGCGGUUCAGUUUUGCGACCAAGAUGGACGACGACGAUAUCUUCCGCGAGCGCAUCGAUCCAAAGCUUGACAUGAACUCGACAGAGUUCAGUGCCAAGGAUUACCUAGCUACCAAGCACGCGACAACCAAGUACUCGGCGCUGGUUGCGGAACUGCAAUCGCUCAAGCGGUCGACAUCGGACAAAACGGAGCAAUUGAAAGCUCUCGUGGCUUCCCAUUUUGACGAGUACUUGUCGUGCCACGAAGCGAUACGAGAAGUGGCAGAAGAAAUCCGUGCCCACCAAGCCGACAGCGAGCUCUUAACGGCGGCGUACCAAAAGCUGAAAAAUAGCACGGAUGUGACGCUUUCAUUGAUGCUUCAGCGCUGUGAAGAGCAGCGCAAGAUUCAGCACGCCAUGGCGGUGUUCCAUCGCUUCCGCCCAAUGCUCGAAGUUCCUGCGAGACUCCGCAGUCACCUCCAGCAACGGGACUUUCUUAAGUUAGUUGAAGAGUACCUGCAGCUCAAGUCGAAUGUCGCCAAAGCCAACUUGUCGACUCUUCUCAAACCGGUCUUCGAUGCUGCCCAUGCAACGGCCGUCCAAGCAAACGCAGAGCUCCUACACGUCGUCGAGUCUCCCACUGCACCUUUAGCCACCCAUAGAGAAGCGAUUCAAGCGCUGGAAUGGCUACAAUUGGUGCCAAAGCCCGCCCUCAUCUGUGUCAAGCACCAGCUUGCUGCGGUGGAAAAGCAAUUGCUUCUUUGUGCCACGGGACCACCCACCGACGCUCCAGGCGGAAAGCCGCUCGGUAAACCGCCCCACAAGCUCAAAACAGCAUCAUCCACGGUGACGCAAGUGCCUCCACGCACUCCUCUUGAAAUUGUCUCCAUUUGUCAAGGUAUCAUCACCACGUUUGGCCAAAGUGUUUGGGGCCUCGUCUGCGACACCAUGAAAGCGGCGGCGCUCACGGCGGCCGAGCAGGAGGCCCUCCACACGUCUGUGGUUGUCGUUUUGACCAGCACAGUCAAGCACUUGGAGGACCACCUGGUCGGCCUGUGCACAACGCCCGAGUUCACGGCAUCCAUCCAUUCCUUGUUUGUCCAGUUCGAUAGCUUGAAACCUUGCCCGGACUCGGUGCUGAAUGCGAAAGUGGCCGCGCUCAAGCAGCGUUGCUGCGUCCAACUCCGUCAGGAUGGGCUCCUGGCAUGUCUCGCCGCACAAACCCAACGCACUGAAAACGAAUGGCUGGCGUAUCCAGUGCAAAAUGAGUGGACCAACGCGAUGGAUGCCUUGGCGAAGCGCACGCCCGUUGAUUUCACUUGUAGUACCACGAACAAGGGGGCACUGACGGGCGCUGCUUUUGCAUGGCAUAACCUGGUACAGCCUUCCUCUUCGAAACGUUCUAACAACGACAUGAAGGUGGCCAAGUGGUGGCAAUCGGUGCAUCCAGUUCUGACGGCAAGCACCGAAACCAACACAAGUCCUUCAGACGAAGCCCACCGCACUGUGUUUUGUCCUGCACUAUAUGAUGGCGCGGCGUCGGGCAUCACGGCGCUCGUGGCGGUGUUUGCCGAUACCUUACAUGGGAUGGUUGAAUCCGUCCCCGCGUCCACACUUCGCGGUACCAGUGGUCCUGGCCACGCGCCGUUGGUCGCGUUGGCUAACGCUGUGGAGCUGGACGGACUGUUGAGCCCGCUUCUGUUCAAGUGGUUUGCGCUGCAUCCAAAGCACAUCCACGAAAUUCUCCAGCCCGUCGGUGCGAUGAAGGAAGAGUUUUUUCAAGCGUUCCUGGCUCCUCGCCUGGAAGCCUUGGACACAGCGCUCGAGGCUGAAGAAGUGGCCGAGGCACCGUCAACGUCAGUUGCCGACGACGACAAUGACACCGGACACCACGGCGACGAGUCAAGACAGUACUUUUUCUCGGUGCUCCUGCUGCUCGUGACGUGGCGCCACGACGUCGAGCGAAGUAUUCCCGAGCCGGCGUACGUCGACUCCAUGUUGAAGCAGUGUGUCGCCAAGAUCGCGACCUAUUUGGAAGGUCGCAUUCGAAACGAGGUCGCCGCGGCCGCGUCGUCGUGGUGCCUGACGCACUUACACGUCGAGCUCUCGUUCGUGUGCACUCACUUCAAACGAUGGUUGCCACCCACGAGCGUGGAAUUCACCGUGCUCAAGUCCCUCCAGACAAAGCGCGACGUCGUCCAGGCGCUGGCGAGCCAGCUGGACUUGCAAACGCAAAUGUACCGAUUGUGUUUGUCGAGUUAGUUGCGACAGGUUCCUUUGAAUACUUUCCAAGCCC